UCAGGAUCGAUACGAUUAGAAUCGGAUUAAUUUUGGUAUUUUACUGUGUUUGGUAGUCAAUUUUUGAAAAUAAUGAGAGAGUGACACAUGCAUGAUAUGCUGUCUGUAUGUUAAUUGUUAAGUUCUGUUCCUGUACAUGACAAAGCAGAGAAGUCCAAGAUUGCUGAUGAAUCGUAUAGUUUAGAGUCAAAAUUGACUACUAGUACGUUGGCCGGCUGUAAGUUUCAAUCACUGUUUUUCCCAUCACAUUGUUUGGAAAAGAUUGGUGGGAAAGGAAUCUGAUAAACAACAUGGCUCCAAAUGGAAUCUGGAAAUCCAAACAUGUCAUCCAAAAUUGGUCUGGUGAUCAAUCUGGCUUGUUCUUUUGAGAUGCUCCGAUCGGGCAGAGAUGUUCUUGUUCCAGUAAACUGUUCUUGCACAGGUCAGUUCUUCCGGGCCAAUGUCAGUUACAUUGUUUCUGAAAUCACACCGCCCUCGGAGAUUGCUUGCGGAGUUUUUGAAGGUUUGCUCAAAUCACUCACUCUUAUUCAGGAAAACCCUCCACAAGUUGAUGUCCUCGAGGUGGGCUCAAAGCUUAAUCUGCCAUUGAGAUGUGCUUGUCCGGACAAUGUCAGUAGCAGCAAUGGAGUGAAGUAUCUGGUCACAUACCCAAUUGUGGAAGGAGAUGAACCAAUAGCAUUAAGCAACAAGUUUGGCAUCUCUGCUGAAGAUAUGUGGGCAGCUAAUCACUUGGAACCUCGGGCAACAGUCUAUCCAAAUACAACUCUCUUGAUUCCCCUGAAAGGAGAGCCAGUAAUAGAUUUCAGGAUCCCGGAUUCUCCACCUCCAGCUCCUGGUUUUCUUCCCACAGUUACUGUAGAAAAGGCCAGUAACAGAAAAUUAAGGAUUCUGUACAUUGCAGGAUCAGUAGUUGGGUUCCCUCUGGUACUUGUAGCAGUGAUUGCUUGUGUCCUGUAUUUGAAGACUACGAACAAAUGGAAGGGAGAGAAGUUACAGUCCUUAAGUGGUAGAAGCACCCCACUUUCAUGCUCAACCCCGAUAAGCUCCCCUAGAUCUGGUCGAACUGGUAGGACCUCGACAAAUUCUUGUCUGUCUCCGGAUCUUCUUGCCGGGAUUAAAUACUCUUUGCGGAAUUACAGUAUGGAUGACAUCAAGAGAGUAACUAAAGAUUUCAGUGAAGAAAGAAGAAUUGGCGACGAAGCUUAUAAGGGAUCGAUCGAUAACCUUCAAGUGAUGAUCAAGGAAAUGAGAUUUGAAGACACUCGCCACAUUAUCGAUGUGCACUCGAAAAUCAACCACAUCAAUAUCUUGAAUUUACAUGGUGUUUGCUAUGGAGAGAGUGACUUUUCAUGGUCAUACCUGUUGUUUGAACUUCCUAGCAAUGGCUGUUUAAGGGACUGCUUGACUAAUCCAUUGAGUCCACUUAAAUGGCAUAUACGGACCCAGAUAGCUUUCGAUAUUGCAGAGGGUCUUCAUUAUUUGCAUCACUGUAUUUUCCCUUCAUAUGCUCACAUGAAGGUUAAUACUAAAAAUAUUUUUCUGACUGCAAAUUGGAGGGCAAAGCUUGCGAAUAUCGGGACCCCAACGGCCAUCGGAUCAUCAAGUACUGGACUUGAAAAAUCAGUUGCCAUCAAAGGAUGGAUUGCACCAGAGUACGUCUUAAACGAUUCAGCUAGUGAGAAAGUAGACAUUUUCGCGUUUGGAGUUGUUCUGUUUGAGCUGAUCUCGGCCAGAAAGGAUAUGGACGGAAACUUGUUCAAAGACUCUAUAGGAUUUUUGGGUGGAGCUGGUAGCGAAGGUGGCUGCUUUGAGCAAUUGAGGAGUUUCAUGGAUCCUUGUUUGAAGGAUGAGUAUCCCCUUGCAGAGGCUCUGUGUUUAGCAGUUUUAGCCAAAGCUUGUGUGGAAGAUGACCCUCUGCAUAGACCAUCUAUGGAUGAUAUCAUAAAAGUCCUCGCUAGAAUGUUGGAACUUUCAAAGCAGUACAUAACCAAGAAUAUCAAAUUUCAUCACAACGUCAGAACUGUGGACCAAUGGGAGUAGAAUUUGCAAACUUACACAUUUGCAAGAAGUUAUCACAAUCAACUUCAUCAUUCCAACCAAAACAUUUUUGUUAACUUUUCCUUCUCCCUUCUCCAUUCGCCCUCUGGUAUUGCAAUACAUUCAUGUAUGUAUCAUUGUUGUGCAACAUAUACAUACAUACAUA